AUGGGAAAGUUAGACAAUAAAAUUGCUUUGAUUACUGGUGGCUCUGAAGGUAUUGGUUUGGCCACUGCUCAACGUUUUAUUGCUGAAGGUGCCGAACAUGUUUUUAUUACUGGACGUCGACAACAAGCACUCGAAGAAGCUGUGAAAAAAAUCGGCAAAAUUAAUAUUACUGCAGUGCAAGGUGAUGCAUCAAAUAUGAAUGAUCUUGAUAAAUUGUUCGAUAUCAUUAAGAAAGAGAAAGGUCGUCUAGAUAUAAUAUUUGCCAAUGCAGGUACUUGCUUGGUUGCACCACUCGGAACAAUUACUGAAAAACAUUUUGAUGAUACUUUUAAUGUUAAUGUCAAAGGAGUUUUGUUUACCGUACAAAAAGCCUUACCAAUGUUGACCGACGGUGGAUCAAUUAUUCUUAAUGGAUCGACCAGUUCUGUGAAAGGAGAUCCAGCUUUAAGUGUAUACUGUGCAACAAAGGCAGCUAUUCGAUCUUUUGCUCGCUGCUGGACAGUUGAUUUAAAAGAUCGUAGGAUUCGAGUGAAUACUUUAAGUCCUGGAGCGAUUGAUACACCUUUACUAAGAAGUCUUGGAAAAGAUGAGGAAGAAACGAAAACUCUUAUGGCCGAAUGGCAAGCAGCUGCACCAUUGAAUCGUAUUGGAAUGCCAGAUGAAGUUGCCAAAGCCGUGGUUUUUCUAGCCUCGAAUGAUAGCAGUUUCAUUACUGGUGUCGAACUUUUUGUCGAUGGUGGUUUGUCACAAAUCUAA